CACGUACAUGUUUACCGCCACUCUAAAGACAGACUACUAAGCCUACUUUUCCUGUGGCUGUGCUGCCCCUCCCCUGGCCAGAUCCCUGACAUCAUGGCGCCCACUUAACGAAGCUUAGCUUCUCUUGAUACUCGCCAAGCAUCAAAUCACAGCGCCACAGGCACCGCCGAUCCGCCAUCACGACUUCAGCUCUCAUCCACCCGGCGAUAAUCGCAAGUCCAUCGUACACGAGUCUCAUAAGAAUUACAUAAUGGCACUAGCAGAAGGGAUUAUCAGCUCAGCUCACCGCUGAUUAGGAGGGCGUCAUGGGACGGGCAAAAAGGACAUAAAUACCCCUCCAACCCCUCCCCUGAUUCUGAAUUCCAGAUACAAACAAACACUCUUCUUUUCUCUACCUCCUUCAAUCCACAUCCUUCAAAAUGGUCAACAUUCCCUUCAGCGAGUUCCACGAGGACUCUUACAACCAGGUCCAGCAGUCCCAGGGCCACGAGGCUCACAUCACCCACGACCUGAUCGGUGGAGCUGCCGGUUACGAGGCCGUCAAGAAGUUCAACGAGUACCAGGCCCAGCACGGCAAGGUCGUUGAGCACGGCCAGGCUAAGGAGCUCAUCGGUGGCUUUGCCGCUGCUGCCCUUACCAACCUCUUCGAGACCAAGGGUCUGGACCAGGUUGACAAGAUCAAGGCCCAGCACGCUGCUAAGAAGCACUCUGAGGAGCACCUCGAGGGCCACUACUAGAGGGCUU